AUGUCAGACUCUCAGAAUGCCACUUCAAACACUCAGUCAUCUCUUAUGGGACUGGGAAGAUCAGGGACUUCGUCUCAAGCCAAUGCUGGAAGAUCGGUUGUAUCCCAACAAGAGUUGGUGGAGAAGUGCCUCAGCACAGUUGAUGACUACAAACAGGGCAUCAUCACAAAACAAGAAGCAAUUGUCACUAUCGCAAAGACUGUUGUAUCAGCAACCAACAAAGCCUCAGACCAAGCUGAAUCUUUUAUUGCCACACCAUACUUUGACAUGCUCGACGAAUGGUCGAGAGAACUUGAAAGAUCUAGAGCCUCUCAGAGGAUGGACUUCAACGGGAGCAAAGCACUGAGCAGGAUGAACCUGCUCGAAAGCGAUGCAAGUUGGAUCUCACCUGUCUUGGAUGAGCCGAACAAUCCUUUAGAGGAGGUCAGCUCUCCGCAAACCUCACACGUACUAACAAAAUCCUCCUUAACUGGUCUCAAGACCCCAAAGAAAUGGGCAGAAAUUGUUGCCAGUAAAUGUGUUAACCUCGACGCCAUACAUUCCAUCAUCUCUUCCUCACAUACCAUUGACAAAUGUACCGAGAUGAUCAAAGAUAUUGAGAUCAAGUUCUCUGGAACUUCAGAAGCAGUGUCGAAGAAAAUCACAACUGCUGUGCAAUGGUCUGCGGCAUGGAACAGGACUGCAAGAGCCAUUAAGUUUGCUUUCCCUUAUCGAGAGGAUGAGCUCACUGCGUAUGGAGAAUAUAUCAAUGACAAAUUUGACCGCAGACUCGAGCGAACCCAUGAAAGAAUUAUUUGCUUUGAUAAAGCCAUCAGGAACCGAGCCGCGAACUUGUGCAGAGUUGAACUAUCCGACUUCGCAGCCUUCACCAACAUCUACAAGUCCCACUUCCAAUCUAAUGGCAGACACUGCGACGAAGAUAAGCAAUCUGCAUCUGGUGCACCUGCAUGGGCCAAAUCUGUCUUCAUGCUCAAACCUGUUGGUAUGCGCAUGUUUGCUCGUACUCACAAGACGGAAGACUCUAUGCAAGGCGUCACACAGAAACAGGGACUUAUUUGGUCACCCACAGAUGCUACUUUUAGUCCGACCACACAUUCUUCAGAAUAUGCAGAACCUGUACCUUUACCACCAUUGAAUGAGAUCUCUGACAGUGAUGCUGCACGGACCAUCGCUCAGAGACCCGACCUCUUUCGUAUUGUGACACCUAUUAACGUUGACCGGUUCAAAGAGCUUCUUUUGGACCACCCGAAUCAACCUUUCGUUAAGUCUGUUUGUCAAGCAUUGCAUCAAGGUUUCUGGCCUUGGGCUGAUACCUCUGAUGAUUCGUAUCCUUCUAUCAAUGACAACUCAUCACACACAUGUGCUAAAUCAAACGACCAGCUUCGCUUCAUUGAGGAUCAAAUAUGUGAGGAGAUACGUUUAGGGCGACUAUCGGAGAGCUUUGGCACUGAACUUUACCCGGGCAUGUAUAGUGUCCCAAUGCACACUGUACCAAAACCAAACUCUGACAAACUUUGCCUGGUUGUAGAUCACACUGUGGGCAAUUACUCCCUGAACUCCAUGAUUGAACGUGAUGCUAUCAAAGGUACUAAACUUGAUGGUUUGCACUCACUUGGAGUGUUGUUACUUCGCUUUUGCAAGCAACACCCUAACAUAGAGCUGGUAAUGUUCAAGUCUGACGUUUCACAAGCCUUUCGUCGGCUGCCCAUGCAUCCUCUAUGGCAAGUAAAGCAAAUCUUGACCAUCCAUGGACAAAGACACGUUGAUCGGAACAAUAACUUUGAUGGUAGAGGAUCCCCCAAAGUAUGGAUUUCAUUUAUGUCUCUUGUAGCUUGGAUCGCCAUUCAUUGCGCCUUCAUUGACACUCUCAAAACUUACAUGGACAACUCCUUUUCUUUUGAGAUCUCGGAUCGAGUCCUUUAUUAUGUGCCUUACGACUGUUGCUUCCCCGCAAAACAAACUCAUCUCUUGCAAUUAUGGGAUGAACUCAACCUGCUGCAUGAGCGGCCCAAACAACUUUUUGGUACUUCCUUGACUGUAAUCGGCUUCAAUGUAGACCCAAACACUAUGAGGGUGUCGCUGCUGGAUCACAAGAAAGCUGAGUUAGUUGUCGAGCUGCAUCAUUUUGCCCACAAGAAUCACCAUUGGACCCUGCACAAAUUCCAACAUCUUGCAGGUUGGUGUGAGUGGAGCUUUAACGUCUUCCCGCUGUUGAAACCUGGUCUGUCGGUGCUCUACAACAAGAUCCAGGGGAAGACCAACACUUUUGCUCAGAUACACACUAACAAUGCGCUACUCCGCAAGCUACAUUGGCUGGCUGACCAUAUUGAACGUUCCGACGGAUUACAUUUCUUCAAAUGCCUAGAUUUCGAUCCCUUACGGGAUGAUGUGGUAGUGGUCUACACAGACAUGUCAGCGGCUGGAUUAGGUCUCUGGUUUCCAGAUGAUAACUUCGCCUGCUAA